AUGAAUUCUGCACCUGGAUCAUCGUCGGAGAAAUACUCCUCCGACCCCAGACGCACACUCUUUAAGUGUGAAGCAAUUUGUGUUGGCUUCAACGAACGGAACUCACACGAGCACCUGCAGAUGAUGUAUACCGGGUCCUUCUACGGCAACCAGCUCUACAUCAUCAUGUGUCCCUUCUCCCCCUUCUGCCUGACGACAGACCCGGCAGACAUAUACAAGGUGACACAGGAGGACGUGAAGUACGCUACUCUACACCCUUUCAGGAAUUCGUAUUUCACGAAGACCUUAGCCCAGAGGAUGCCCCCGCUCUCCUUAGAGGACGAGGUCAAUCUCCUCAACCUCGCCUACUCCAAGAUCGGGAUCACCCUCACAGUAGGCGGAUAAUGGUGUAUAUCGCUGAUAAACUUAUGAAGCAUGACUGAUUAUAUACAUUACUACGAUACCCAAUUUCAAGAAACAUCACACAAUAGUUAGAGAACCUGGGAAGUUAUAAACACAGUUCUUAAUAGAUAGAAUAAUUAAUACAUAAGAACUACCUAUUUUAUGAACUACACAGAAAAUACUAGGCCGUUCGAUACAUAGAUGAGUUGAAGGAGGCGAUCAACCAGCGACGGCACUCACCUCCGGGUCAGGAUGAUAGUGACCUGAGCAUCAUAAGGGAGAUGGCUCAUGCUCUCUGACCUGUGUUUUUUUAUCUUUGUAAUUCGUCCUUCUCAAAUGGUAAUUCCCAUACCAACUUAAGAUUUCUAAAGUCGUUCCCAUAUAUAUAAGUCAGGGGAUAGAGAGAGUUUAAGAAUAAUGGGACCUGUGUCAGAAAUGAACGCCUUAAGUGAAAUACUAGAACAAGUUUUCUACUGUACGGUAGACUUAGGGAGGUUUGCCAGAUUGACGAUAUCCUAACAGACUCCCAAUUUGGUCUUCUAAAGCGUAAACCUACCGAAUAUGAGCUUCUGUGUUUCACAAAUGACAUCUUAAAAUUCUUUGAU